GCGGCCGCGGCUCGGGCGGCUCCGGCGGCUCCCGCUGCUUGCUCGCCCUCAGUGCCUGCCGGCGCCCACGGGGCCGCAUCGCCGCCCGGCUCGGCCCAUGCCCAGGGCCGCUGCUCCCUCAGCUGCCGCCGCCGCCGCGGCGCCCGGGGCCGCCGCGCCGUGAGGUGGGGCGGCCGCGGGAGGCGGCGGGCCGCGCGGGGCAGGGUCUGGGGGCGCAGCGCGGCCGGCGUAGGUCUAUGUCGCGGGCGGCGGCGGCGGCGGCGGCCGCGGAGGGACGAUGCGCGAGUACAAAGUGGUGGUGCUGGGCUCGGGCGGGGUAGGCAAAUCCGCCCUGACCGUGCAGUUCGUGACCGGCACCUUCAUCGAGAAAUACGACCCCACCAUCGAGGACUUCUACCGCAAGGAGAUCGAGGUGGACUCGUCGCCGUCGGUGCUGGAGAUCCUGGACACGGCGGGCACCGAGCAGUUCGCGUCCAUGCGGGACCUGUACAUCAAGAACGGCCAGGGCUUCAUCCUCGUCUACAGCCUCGUCAACCAGCAGAGCUUCCAGGACAUUAAGCCCAUGCGGGACCAGAUCAUCCGAGUGAAGCGGUAUGAGAAAGUACCGGUCAUCUUGGUCGGGAACAAAGUGGACCUGGAAAGUGAGAGAGAAGUGUCGUCCAAUGAAGGCAGAGCCCUUGCUGAAGAGUGGGGCUGCCCCUUUAUGGAGACUUCUGCUAAGAGUAAAACAAUGGUGGACGAACUCUUUGCAGAAAUUGUGAGGCAGAUGAACUAUGCCGCUCAGCCCGACAAAGAUGAUCCCUGCUGUUCUGCAUGUAACAUACAAUAGCACCCGAAUAUGGCUGUCCUGGACAGGAUUUGCCCAACAUCGUAGGCCGCAGAAAACUCAGAGUUUGCAGGAUGCGUGGUGUGAAUCUACAGAGAACUGCAGCCCUUAUUCAGAAUUGAGCGGUGACUGUCAGUUGAUAUCUCUGAGUAACAUUUGGGUUCAGUAACUACAGUUUUCACCGUUGUCCUCAGUCUCCUGUAUGCAUCUGCGACUUUCGGGCAUAGCCCAUCGAUCUACAGGGUGAUCUCAUUCGAAAGCUGUGCUGGCACUGUCACUGAGUUGACAGAAGCGACUAUUGUAUAAAUUAGAAAUAAUCAUGAGGGAGAAACCAGAAGAAUUCCUAUGAUCACUUACAAUUAAAAUAUUUUAUCUUCUUUAAAAAAAAAUAAGUAAAGGAGAAAUAUUUUCCUACAAGAGUACUGAAUUUCAGGAAUUGGGAUAGAGCUUCUAACCAAUGUAUUCCAUCAAGUAAGAUAAUAACAGCCGACCUGCCAACAGCAUUACAGGGAGAGAUUCUUUGCUCAGCUGACACAUUUCUGUUUUUCAAAUUUGAUGCUUAAUUGUAGAUGUUAUCCUAAUUUGUGACAUGGAACUAACUCAUGCUUCAAUCCUUGAUAGAGCAAAAGCCAGAACAGGUUGUAUAAAAAUACAGUCUGGCUUUAGUAUUUGUUAAUCACCUGCUUUGCCACAGAAAAUGGAGGCUCUCACAAGGUUUUGAUGAGAAUUGAAACCCCAAAGCCAUCCUCUGUUAACCGAGCAGGGGUGGCCAUUUUAUUACUUUACUGAACAAGAAGGAAGCAACUGUGAUGGGGAGAGAUUGCCUAGCCUUACUAACAAGAAGCAUUCUAGUAGAUAAACUAGUACCAUCGUGUAAGGAAAAUGAAGCCAUGUUGCAUCCAUAUGUUCCCGUUUGCAGAAACCUCACAGGACAGUACAAAUAUCUGGCAUUUUUUUUAGGUUCGUAAAUGCAGCAAAUUCCUUCUCGCCUUUAAGGGCUAUGGUUGUGGCGUGACCCUUGGCUAACCUGCUUUCAAAAUCAAGUUUGCCAUAGCAGAGCUUUAUUGCAGGCAUUUAAAAAAUUGAAUAACCAUGUGAAAUAAUUUGGGCUUAAAAGUAGAACAUAAAUUACAGAGUGGAAGGUAAGGGACAAAAAGCCUUUUAUCUUUAAUUUUCCUGGAGAAUUAUAUAAAGGUUUUCUUAGAACAAUUUUGCCCUGAUUACUGAAGUGGCAAAUAAAGCUAGAGUGAAUAUUUUGUUUUGAAAAGGUGCUCAAGCUCUGACGUUAUUUUUUCGGUUUUCACAGCCGUGAAGUAUUUAUCAUUUGCAUGACUAAUGGCACAGGAAAAAAACCUAUUCAUAAGUUUUACAAUCAAGUAUGAAGGGUUUUCAGCUAACUUCAGAGUUAUAAAUGCGAAGAGAUUAUCUUGAGCUGGGCCUCUGGAGAUAAAUUUGGCCUUCAGAACUGCAAUAUCACUGAGCCUACGAUCUACUUAUCACCCCACAUUUUGUUGGCUUCACAGUCUUGUGCAAGUAACCUCUGGUCUUACCUGUGUAACUGAGAGAAGAGUGUAUGUUUGUGUGUGCAUGUGUGUUUAUUGUUCCUAAGAAUUUGGCACAAGUCAGAGAUAAUUGCCUAUACUGAGAAUCUAUACUGCAGAAUAUAGUAUAUCGAAAACAUUUUUUCUUUUAAAUUAUUGAAGUGUCUUUUCUGCAUUAUUGAAAUCAUUUGUAGCCCCCCAAGUGUUUAAUAACUGGCAUUAAGCUUAGAGGAUGUAAACAAAAAAGAUUGAUAGUAUUUUUCAUAGAGGAGGAAACUAAAGAGAUACCUACAUGGGUGAAACCAGGCCUUGGUUGUCAAAAAUCUUUGAAUUGUGAAUAUUUACAUUCUUUAGUAUAAUUUUUUAUAAUCCUCGAUUAUGAAGCACCUUGUUCAUAGGACAAAAUCUUUCAGCCAAUUUUAUUGAAACAAAUUUCAUCAUGUAAAAGUUAAUUUGACUCAAACAGAGAGAGACCUAAGAUUCAAGAAGUAUGAUUUAUCUACUGAAGCAGAAAUAUUUGUUAGUGAAUUGAUUGAGUUUUGGAUCUCUAACAUCUCAUAAUGAUUCAUAAUUAAUAACAAUUUAUGACAACUAAGAUUGUGUAUUAGAAAUAUCUAUGAAGAUUCCACAGUUUUACAUUAUAGAUUGCUAUGCAGAUAUGAAAAACAGGUUAAAUAAUGUGAAUGAUAUGGCAAAAUAUAAGAUGGAAAAGAUGAUCUAAAAUGGGUUGUAAUUAGAAAGGUUUAUAUCAGACAGUAAGGUGGGCUUUUACUGUAAAGAUGUUAAUAAUAACUGAUUUGGCUACCUGAUCAGUGUUUCUGCAUAGCCCUAUAUAUUUGGUGACAAGGCAUCAAAGACAUCCAAAAACUGGAAAUCCUCCUGUGCUUUUGCUAUUGGUAUCCAUCUGGUGUGAAUAUAACUCAGCUUGAAUGAAUGUGUUUGUCGAGGUGGUAAUAAAAAGCUUAAGAAUAGGAAGAUUGCAUUUGUUGGCACAUGAAAUAUUGGUGGCUACAGAGGAAAGUUGGUGACCUUGGGUUGCUAUUUAUUUUAUGCCCUGAUCAGACUAGCAACUAGUUAAGUGAAAGUUUUUCUAACAUGCCUUAAAAAUAUUAUGGUUUAAUCCAAAGACCCACUUUUUCUUUAGCUAUUGUGAUAAGGUUUUCUUUUGUUUUUUUUACUUUUAUACAAAGGCAGCAUUUUUUUUUUAAGUUUCUUUCUUUUAAUGUUAUAACUUUUUAGUUCUUUUAAGCUGUGAUAGUGAUGGUAACUGAUGCCUUUCAUUUUUUCAACAUACACAAACAAGCCAGCAUCUGAUAAAAAAUAUUACAUAAAAUCUUUUCUUACACUAUUGAAAGGUGCUUUGAUGAUUUUCUCCUUUGGUUUGUAGAAUUAGGACUGAAUUUUUGACUCUAAUUGCUGCAGUUGCCAUCACUUUUCUGUGGUAAUACUACUGAAAUGCUUUUCUGUAUAAAGAAAUGUUGCCUAAGGCUGUCUGGUAUUUGUUUUCAAGGGUUUUCCAGUGUGAAUGCUGUCAGUGUAUGUAUGGAUAUGAAAGUGCUUUGUUUUGUUUGUUGCUGUUGGCUCAUUUGUUUUUUUCAUUUUUUGUUUUUAUCAGUAGUCUUAUGUUAGCACUGAGUAAGCUUUAAUUGUCUCCUUAGCCAAUCAAAUAUUAAUGACUAUGGGGUCUUUUUUUUUUUUUUUAACGUGUCAUUGUGUAUCUAUUAAAUCUUGAUCAGGGUUUCAAGAAUGACUGCAGUGGGUUUUGGAAACAGACUUAUCAUUAUUGAUUUGAGGUUUCCCAGAGAUAUAGUUCACAGUUAAUUGUUGAGCUCUAAUACAACUGACCAUUUAAAAUUGAACAACAGUUUAUUGUUUUGUAACAAUGUCAGUUGUUAAACCUUGACAUUUCAAUUAAAACAUGAAUUGUAGUUAUAACUCAAUGCAAAUUCAACAGUUGUAUUUGGAGUUAAAUUAUUUUAACAAAUAAAUUUAUUUAAUGAAA